AGUCCAGUUGACGUUCUUUCAUUCAAUAAUACUAUAGUGCCCGUGUGUCAAGUCUCACACGGUACAUGCAUAGACACUUGUUUUUGUUUGUUACGUGUAAUAAAUACGAAUGUUUAGAAUUUUCAAUAAAAACCAACAACAAAUUACUGAAAGUAAUAACUUUGUGUUAUAGUACAAGUUUAUCAUAUUUUGUUUUGCAGUGUAUUUUAAAACUGUAACUUUCUCAGCAGUUCACAAUUUCGCGGUGUUAGUGAGUGAAUCCGUUUAAAACAUGAGUUGAAUAAACUUUGCAAACUCAAGAUUUACCCAGUUAUGAAUUAAUUUUUUUAAUUACAUCAAAAUGACUACGGACAGAUUCCACAAAGCGGCCAAAGAUGGCCUACUAGAUGUGCUAAGAGAGGCGACGAGGAAGGAGUGUAACAACAAGGAUGAGUCAGGCAUGACACCAACACUGUGGGCCGCCUUCGAGGGACAUAUCGAGGCACUGAGGCUGUUAUGUGGGAGAGGAGGUGAGCCAGACAAAGCCGAUUACUUCGGGAAUACAGCCCUACACUUCGCAGCAGCGAGGGGUUACAAGGAGUGCGUUACAUUUCUGGUCAACUUCGGGGCUAAUGUGUUCGCUAUGGACGUCGACGGCCACACAGCUCAAGAGCUAGCUGCCAUUAACAGCAGAGACGAAAUACUGAGGUACUUGGACCAGGCGACGGCAAAAUUGGAGAAUAAUGAUAAGAAAAAAGCAAAAGCACUUAAAGAUAAAGCAAAAAAAGAGCAUGAGAAAUAUCAGAAACAGUAUCAAAAGAGGCAGAGUAAAGCCGAGUUGAUGGCGGAGAAGGAAUUCAAGAAAUUGGCAAAGGAAUGGGACCAUGCGUACAGUGAGGAUGUGACACCGAUGCCGCACAGGUCUAGUAAUGUGCUUGUAGCGCUCAAACAGAAGAUGACGAAGUCUACUAGCCAAGGUAACCUCCUAGUGGAAGAGCAACCGAGACCUACGUACAGUUCGUUAGUCGGCACGGUGAGCUCAGGUGCGAGAGGUCGCGGCGCGGUUUACAAGAAGGCACUGGCUAACAAAAUGAGGAACAACACAGUCGGCCGGUCAGGCCCUAAUGACGACUUUAAGGUGGGCGAGAUGGAGACGACGGGGCGGCGCUCAGUGACUUCACUGACGGGACUUCGCCGUGACUCGGAAGUAAUGUACGUGGGCACGUUCGGCACCGGGCCCCAACCUCGGGCUCCCGUCGCAGACGUUUUCAGUGAUGACGUCGAUACCGCUAAACCACAGCUCACAAGAUCCGCAAGUCAACCAGACUUUGCAGCUCCGCCAAACGAUGACAGUGGAAUUGGCCACGAGGUGCUACUACAGGAGCCGGCGAGCAUCUUCGACAGACCAGGCUUUGGCAGUGUCGCUUUUAGGCGAUCUAUAACAGCGACUCUGAGCGCGUUACCAGCCGGCACAGCGGGCGAAGACUUAUCUAUUGGGUCUGCUGGCUCGCUGGCCGCCAGACAAUCCUUCCAGCCUGCUGAGUGGAAUCAAUCCGAAAGCUCUACAGUAACUUCUGACGAGGAAGGCGAUGCCGAGGAGUCGGGAUAUGCGUCUCUGGAACGAUUCCUCACCGCAUGGGGCCUCGGUCAGUACGUGCAGAAGUUCAAAGACGAACAAAUAGACCUGGAUGCCUUGAUGCUGCUCACUGAGAGUGACAUGAAGUCUCUGGGCCUUCCACUAGGACCCUAUAGAAAGUUAGUCACUGCCGUACAGGAGAGAAAGCAAGCCAUUUCCCAUCCUGGGCCCAUUGUUGACACCCCUAUAUAAAAUGUGUGUGUAGUGUGUGUUCAUAGAGAUAUUUCUGUUACUAUUUCUUCUAAGUUUCUACUUAAGUACAUCAUAAACUUUUACAGUUGAAAUAUUAUAAUACUUAUUUGUCGCAGUAUACCUGAAUGAACGCUUCAAUCAAAAGAUAU